UCUGGUCACAGGAAACACAUGCUAUCAAACAUGGCUGUUUACUUAGUUCGACCUUUCUUUGGAAUUGCUGCUAAUUCUUCGUGUAAUUCAUUUAAAAGUCCUUUACUUUUCAAAGCAGCAAAGCAUGUAUUUGACGUCCCUUGUCAAAGUUUUACUUUGUGUAGUCGACUUCUAGCUGCUCCCGCUACUGGUAAAAAAGUUUUUGUCAGAGAUAAACCACAUCUUAACAUCGGGACAAUAGGUCAUGUUGAUCACGGCAAAACAACGCUUACUGCAGCUAUCACUAAGGUAUUGGCAAGUGAAAACAAGGCAUCAUUCAAAGCGUAUUCAGACAUUGACAAUGCUCCAGAAGAGAGAAAAAGAGGAAUUACAAUCAAUGCUGCAACAGUAGAAUAUGAAACGGACACAAGGCACUAUGGCCAUGUUGAUUGUCCUGGGCAUGCUGAUUACAUCAAGAACAUGAUUACAGGUACAACACAAAUGGAUGGUGCUAUUCUUGUUGUUGCUGCUACUGAUGGUACAAUGCCUCAGACAAGGGAACAUCUCCUUCUUUCUAAGCAAAUUGGUAUCAAAAGAUUGGUUAUUUUCAUUAACAAAGCAGAUGCAGCUGACAAAGAAAUGCAAGAGUUGGUAGAAAUGGAGAUAAGAGAACUAUUGACAGAGUUUGGAUAUGAUGGUAAUGCAACACCAAUAAUAACUGGGUCUGCUUUAAAAGCACUAGAAGGUGCAGACCCAGAGCUUGGUGAAAAGAAGAUCAAAGAGCUUUUGCAGGCUAUUGAUACACACAUUGAAACACCUGUUAGAGAUUUAGAUAAACCAUUUUUUAUGCCAAUUGAUGGAACCUUUAGUAUUCCAGGAAGAGGAACUGUUGUGUCUGGAAGGAUAGAGAGAGGAGUGGUGAAAAAAGGUGAUGAAUGUGAAAUCAUGGGAUAUGAUAAAAAAUGGAAAACAAGUAUUACAGGCAUAGAAAUGUUCAAAAAAAGUUUAGAUAGAGGAGAAGCUGGUGAUCAAUUAGGAGCUCUAAUUAGGAAUAUAAAAAGAGAAGAGAUGAGACGAGGACUCUGUAUGGGUAAACCUGGAACAAUGACUAUGCACAACCGAUUUGAAGCUCAGGUUUACAUGCUAUCAAAGGAUGAAGGUGGAAAAAACAGACCGGUUACACCAUUUUGUCAAGUGAUAGCUUUCUGUAAUACCUGGUCUCAGCCUGCUUUAAUUGAAAUUCCUGAUAAAGAUUUACUGAUGCCUGGUGAAGAUGGAAAAGUAAUUUGUAACAUGUACAAGAAAAUGGUUCUUGAAAAGAAUCAACGUUUUACCAUAAGAGACGGCAGUGUCACACUUGGGUAUGGUGUGAUAAGUAAUGUGUUGGCUGACAGAGACCCUGAAGAGUUAGAAAAAACCAGAAAAACCAUAAAGAAACAGAAAAAGAUUGCAGAAGAACAAAGUAAUGCUUAGUGUAAUUGAAAAAGAAACAACCAUCAAAUGUAUUUUUUAUUACUGAUAUAUAAUUGUUAGUUGUUUGUACUUCAUUAUUAUUUUUUUAUUAUAAUUAAUUCUGAAAGUAACAAAAAAAGUGGCUAAAAUUAAAUAGAUAGGAUAGGAUGGUCAGCGGCUCAUUUUUUUAAAAAUUAUGUUACUUUUCUGAUGCUGAAGAUCUGUUGAGUAGAUGUGCAUAAUAUAAAUAACUUGUUUAGUAAAUGUUUACGGUACUUAGUAUAUUUGUUCAUUCAACCCUUUUAUGUAAGGUAAUUUUUCUAAAAAAGUAAAACAUCUAUCUGCUAAUUUAAUAAUUUAUCUUUAGUGUCAUUUGUCAGUACGUUCAAUAUUUUUUGCUGUUGGGCUGAUGAUUUAUUUAAUUUUUUGUGCUUGUUCGCAAACAAAAAUCAUGAUAAAUCUAUAUCAUCAUCCUUAUUUGUACAAAGUAUUUGCCUAUCUAAUGUUAUUGAAUAUUUCUGCACUGGUUAUGAUAGAUUGAUUAAACUGUGAAUGUAUGACUUGACAUUUUUCCAUUUCAUUAUUCUAUAGCAUUCUUACAGUGAUUAAUUAAAUAAGUCAUUAUUCUAA